AUGCAACGCCUUCAUUGCUGGCUGGAUCAGCUAACGUUACGUCGUUCACGUCGUCGUGAAUCCCUAAAUCAACGGCGUAACGUCAGUCAGAGUGUGGCGCCUAGCUGUCGCCUCAAUCUCGAGUCAAAGAGCAAAAAACACACUGAACUGAGACCAGUGAACGUGCCCAUGGUCAUGAAUGCGAUUGGAGCUAUUGGUGCUGGCGGCGGUGGCGGCGGCAGUGCUCCGAUGAUGGCUAGGAAACCCGAGACGGGGUCAUUUGCCAGGCGACGGCUCGUGCAGUCUCCCAAAGUCACACCCAGUCGAUUAGUUACUAAACGCCAUGAUUACCCUAUAAAUUUCGAAUGCAUCGUCGUCGUUGAAAGCAGAAUGGGCAAUGUGAGUGGUCGAUUUGUGGACAAUUCAUUGAGCCUAGGGCUUUAUUCCGAGUCGAGUAGGGGAUUUUAA